UGACCGAGAGAGCGAGGAUGGCCCAGGGCGCGGUGAUCCACGUGGCCCCCGAGCAGCCCACUCAUGCUGUGUGUGUGGUGGGCACGGCGACCCCGCUGGAUGUCCGUGGCUCUGCUCCUAAGGGCUACACGUCCUUCGGCAUCACAGCCUCCCCAGGAGUCAUCGUAGACGUCAUCCAUGGUCCUCCAGUCAAGAAGAGUACCAUGGGGGCCUCCAAAUGGCCUCUGGACCCCGAGCUGGAGGUGACCCUACAGGUGAAAGCAGCCAGCAACAGAACAGAUGACCAAAAGGUUCGCAUUUCAUACUAUGGACCCAAGACCUCCCCAGUCCAAGCCCUGCUCUACCUCACUGGGGUGGAACUGUCCCUGAGCGCAGAUGUCACCCGCACUGGCAAAGUGAAGCCUGCCCAAGCCAGGAAGGAUCAGAGCACCUGGACCUGGGGCCCGGGAGGCCGUGGCGCCAUCCUGUUGGUGAACUGCGACAAAGAGGACCCCCAGGCCUCCGGAAUGGACUUUGAGGAUGACAAGGUCUUGGACAACAAAGACCUGCAGGACAUGUCUCCAAUGACCCUAAGCACGAAGACUCCCAAAGAUUUCUUCGACAAGUAUCAGUUGGUGUUGGAGGUGCCCAAGGCCAAGAUGAACAAAGUGAGAGUCUUCCGGGCCACACGGGGUAAACUGCCGUCCAGGUACAAGGUGGCCCUGGGACCACAACAGUCCUCGUACCUUCUGGAGCUGCCCGGCGGCCAGCACAGCAUAGACUUCUAUGUGGAAGGCCUUGCUUUUCCAGACGCAGACUUCAAGGGGCUCAUUCCCCUUACCAUCUCCCUGCUGGACAAGUCUAACCCGGAGCUCCCCGAGGCCCUGGUGUUCCAAGACAGCGUGACGUUCCGUGUGGCCCCCUGGAUCAUGACCCCCAACACUCAGCCCCCCCAGGAGGUGUACGUGUGCAGGGUUUCUGACAAUGAAGACUUCCUAAAGUCACUAGCUACUCUGACCAAGAAAGCCAAGUGCAAGCUGACUGUGUGCCCCGAGGAGGAGAAUAUAGAUGACCAAUGGAUGCAGGACGAAAUGGAGAUUGGCUACAUCCAGGCCCCACACAAGACGCUGCCCGUGGUCUUUGACUCCCCGAGGGACAGAGGCCUCAAGGAUUUCCCUGUCAAACGAGUUAUGGGUCCAAAUUUUGGCUAUGUGACCCGAAAGCUCUAUACGACAGAGCUCACUGGGCUGGAUGCCUUUGGGAACCUGGAGGUGAGUCCCCCAGUCACUGUCAGAGGGCAGGAGUACCCACUGGGCAGAAUUCUCAUCGGGAACAGCGGUUACUCCAGCAGCGAGAGCCGGGACAUGCACCAGGCCCUGCAGGACUUCCUGAGCGCCCAGCAGGUGCAGGCCCCCGUGAAGCUCUUCUCCGAUUGGCUCUUUGUGGGUCACGUGGAUGAGUUCUUGAGCUUCGUCCCAGCACGCGACAGGCAGGGCUUUCGGCUGCUGCUGUCCAGCCCCAGAGCUUGCUACCAACUGUUCCAGGAGCUACAGAGCCAGGGCCACGGGGAGGCGACACUGUUCGAAGGACUCAAGAGGAAAAAACAGACAAUCAAUGACAUUCUGUCCAACAAGAAACUAAGAGACCAGAAUGCCUAUGUGGAGAGCUGUAUUGACUGGAACCGGAUGGUGCUGAAGCGGGAGCUGGGCCUGGCAGAGGGUGACAUCAUUGACAUCCCGCAGCUCUUCAAGGUCGUGGGGAACUCCAGAGGGAACCCAAAGGCCCAGGCCUUCUUCCCAAACAUGGUGAACAUGCUGGUCCUGGGCAAGCACCUGGGCAUCCCCAAGCCCUUUGGGCCCAUCAUCGAUGGCCGCUGCUGCCUGGAGGAGGAGGUGCGCUCCCACCUGGAGCCGUUGGGUCUGCAGUGCACCUUCAUCAACGACUUCUACACCUACCACGUGUACCACGGGGAGGUUCACUGUGGCACCAACGUGCGCAGGAAGCCCUUCGCCUUCAAGUGGUGGCACAUGGUGCCCUGAGUCACCACCCCAGCAGCCUCCCUUGAGGACUGUCCUGGCCGGAGGUGGAUGGCCCACUCCCCACCCCCAACCCUCCUACCCCCAACCCCCCCACACAUGGAGAUGCAGCAAGAGAUCUGGGGAUGGUUGGGCUUCCCCAGAGGUGGCCACCCCUCCCUGCUGUGACGUGUUUGCUUCACCCACAUCUGGCUCCUGACCCAUCUCUGUGUGUCCUCAAAUGGUCCUUGCAUAGCAAGCUCAGCUCUGCUUAGAGAUGCUGCAAUAAAGAUGUGGUUUUGUAUCUUAAGUUUACCACGGAGUUUCACCCCCUCCCCCCAGCCCCACCCUCUGCAAAGCACAUUGGAAUCAAUUUCAAAGCAUCAGUGAGGUGAAAAGCUUCAACUAUGGCUGGCAACUCUUUUGACUAAUUUACUCUGAUGUACGCGUCUCUCUCUUUA